AUGCAAAUGUCUUCAUCUUGUCCCAGAGGUUGGACUCGCUACAACGGUCGCUGUUUCCUCUACUUUCCAACAGCCAUGACUUGGUCUAAUGCUGAGAGAAACUGUCAGUCCCUGGGUGGGAACCUUGCAUCAGUGCAUAACGUACAUGAAUACCAUGAGAUUCAGAGGCUGAUAGUGAAAACCAGUUAUGAGCAUGAAGCAGCAUGGAUCGGAGGCUCCGAUGCCCAACAGAAGAAUAUUUGGCUGUGGAGUGAUAGUUCACGUUUCAUCUACGUGAACUGGUGUCGUGGAGAGCCCAACAACUUUUUUGGCAGUCAGCACUGUAUACAAAUGAACUAUGGAGUUUACUCCCCGGAGUCCUUAUGUUUCUUCUUCGCAAAACUGGGAUGA